GUUCGCGACCGACGGCGAGAGAUCUCCGUCCGUCCCAUCCCCAUUUCUCAGGAAAACAAGCCCAUGGAGAGAAAUGGCGGGAAGCAGCAGCAGCACGCGGCGGCGGGGUCGGCGGGGAGAGGGCCAUGGAGGGACGGCGCCGUCACCUACUUCCACCUCGCCUUCUACGUCGUCAUCUCCGGCGGCCAGAUCUUCUUCAACAAGUGGGUGUUAUCCUCAAAAGAGAUCAACUUCCCCUAUCCAGUUGCACUAACUUUGAUGCAUAUGGUCUUCUCGUCUGUAGUAUGCUUUGCAGCUACUAAGAUUUUCAAGGUCAUAAAGAUUGAGGAGGGGAUGACAACAGACGUAUAUGUCAGUUCAGUCAUUCCCAUUGGAGCAAUGUUUGCAAUGACACUUUGGCUGGGGAACAGUGCAUACCUCUACAUAUCUGUUGCGUUCGCACAGAUGUUGAAGGCAAUAAUGCCUGUAGCUGUGUUUCUCCUCGGAACUGCAUUCGGCCUUGAAGAAAUGAACUUCAAAAUGCUUGCUAUCAUGUCUGUCAUUAGUGUUGGAGUUGUUGUGGCCUCUGUUGGUGAAAUUACAAUCAGCUGGAUUGGAGUGGUAUACCAGAUGGGUGGAGUGGUAGCAGAAGCCCUUAGACUUAUCUUCAUUGAGAUAUUUCUGAAGAAAAAGGGUGUUAGACUGAACUUGAUAUCCAUGAUGUACUAUGUCAGCCCCUGCAGUGCUUUGUGCCUGUUCAUUCCCUGGUUAUUUUUAGAGAAGCCAAAGAUGGAUGCAAGUGUUUCAUGGAACUUCCCGCCAGUUACAUUGUUCUUAAACUGCAUGUGCACUUUUAUACUCAAUCUGUCCGUUUUCAUCGUCAUUUCCCGGACAAGUGCACUGACAGCUCGUGUUACUGGAGUCGUGAGGGAUUGGAGUGUGGUGCUGGUGUCAGCUUUUAUCUUUGCCGACACAAAACUUACCUUCAUAAACAUCAUUGGCUAUGUUAUAGCCAUAGCAGGUGUUCUUGCAUAUAACAAUCAUAAGCUCGGAGUUAAACCCCAAGCAAACCAACAGCAGGGUGUGGACAGCAAAGUCAAUGCUGGAAGCCCUCAACAUGUCGAGAUACCAUUGAAUUCUACAAAAGAAGCUUCAUAGCACCCGAAGUAGUGUGAUUUUGGACAGUUUUUGGGGAAGGAAAUGUGAGCUCUUGCCUUUUGCUAUGAGUUGGGCAUCUCCUUGGAUACAUUCUUUUCUCCCUUCCAAUCAACAGGGGAGACUGGAAAUUUUUUGUACAAUGUUACGCAAGAAAUUACAUAUACAUUAGCAUACCGAUUUGUACUGUUGUUGCUCAAAAAAAAUGGGGGCACAAUAUGAAAGGCCAAUUAGGUUCUGUAGAUGUGUUCGUUGUUGCCUAUGAACUGUUGUAGCAAUUUCCUCAGGUGCUCCCAAAAGGUGCACCCUGACUCUUUUGGUAUACUACUUUGUUACUGUGGAGGAGGGUCCUGCCAUGGAAGAUGGAUGGACCAUGUGUAUGAAAUAUUUCUAUAUGGACAGUAUACUUCCUCAAAGAUCAAAGAAUGUGAUAUGUGAACUUCUCUGGUUCCUUCGCUUUUUCA